AUGAGCCUAUCAAAGUUUGCCAGAUCCACCUUGCAGAUAAACAAAGCAUGCGGGGUAGUGGAAGCACAGACGAAGAACAGAGUAGCGGAGGCCACGUGUAGAGGGCUGCGAAAGAUUAGCAGCGGUAACAAUAUGCAUAACAAAUGGUACGCUCAAUUAAUGGCCAAAGAACUGAGCAAGAGUGGAAGAUUUGUGAAACAUUUUACCACCGCAGGGGAAACAAGCUAUGAAUUUAAAGCAGAGACGAAGAAGCUGCUACAAAUAGUUGCCCAUUCGCUUUAUACUGAUAAAGAAGUAUUCAUUAGGGAGCUUAUUAGUAACUCCUCCGAUGCGUUGGAAAAAAGGAGAUUCACUCAAACAGCGUCAAUAAGAAGUGUAGACGAGACCAUAGCUAAUGAAGCGGCUGAGAUCCCUCUGCACAUCAAGGUAUCUGCAGAUGCGAAGAGAAAUUUGUUCAUAAUUGAGGACAGCGGAAUUGGUAUGAACAAAGAGGAGGUGAUUGAGAACUUGGGAACGAUAGCGAAAAGUGGCUCUCUGAACUUCCUAAACGCGUUAAAGGAGAAAAGCAGUAACGCAACUGAGGAGAGUAAAAACUGUUCGGAGCAGUCAGGUGAAAGGGGGGACAUUUCCAAGCCUGCAGAUAAUAUCAUAGGACAGUUUGGUGUUGGAUUUUACAGCUCCUUCGUCGUUUCAGAUGAAGUGGAAGUGUUCACACGAUCACAUGAUGCUAACUCAGUUGGUUAUCACUGGAGGUCGGAUGGGAAUGGCACUUUCACGCUGAAGGAAGUGGAGGACCUCCCCAGGGGUACCAGAAUUGUCUGUCACCUUAAGGACAGCUGUAAGGAAUUUUCAGACAUCCAUAGGGUUCAAGAAAUUGUGGAGAAAUUUUCCUCCUUCAUUAACUUCCCAGUGUAUAUUGUGAAUCGGAAGAAGGACAUAAAGGGAAGCAACCGCUUAGUGAAAGGGGACGACGUGGCGGAUGAGAAGUCCCCUCUCCCACAAGAAAAGGGACUUCAAGGGGAGAAAUCCAUCGACGGAGCAGCCAUCGACGGGGCAGCGAUCGACGGCACGGCAGAAGUGGACGCCACCACCGCUGCGGAUACGCCUAAAGGGGACAACACAGAGAGCUUCAUCGAAGAGGAAGUGCAGAUAAACAACCAGAAACCGCUAUGGUGCAAAGAACAAGUGACGGAGGAAGAACACGCGAGGUUUUUCAAAUUUUUAACAAAGAAAAAGAGCUACGAUGAUGAGAAGGGAUAUGUGUACAAAGUGCUAUACAAAACCGACGCGCCAAUGUCCAUAAAGAGCGUCUUCUACAUCCCGGAGGAAGCUCCAUCGAGGUUAUUCCAGCAGAGCAACGAAAUUGAAGUCUCCCUUUACUGCAAAAAGGUGUUAGUGAAGAAGAACGCAGACAAUAUAAUUCCAAAGUGGCUGCACUUCGUCAAGGGAGUAAUCGAUUGCGAGGACAUGCCACUGAAUAUCAGCCGAGAAAAUAUGCAGGACAGCACUUUGAUAAGUAAAAUCUCCAGAGUAGUAGUAACGAAGAUUUUGAAAACACUAGAGAAAGAAGCCACAAAUGAUGAGGAAAAGUAUCGGAAGUUUUACACCAACUAUAGUUACUACCUGAAGGAGGGAGUGCUGGAAGACUCAUCAAACAAUUUUUACAAAAAAGUGCUGAUGAAUCUAUUGCGAUUUUACUCCAUCCAAGAAAGGAAAAACAUUUCACUUAAAGAUUAUGUAGACAAAUUUAAAAGCGGUCAGAAAAAAAUAUACUACUUCUCCGUGAACGAGUUAGAUGUAGCUUUGUCCUCUCCCUACAUGGAGCCUUUCAAAAAACAGGGGGUCGAUGUUCUUCUUCUUUUUGAAGAAAUCGAUGAGUUUGUUCUGAUGAAUCUGCAGGACUUUAAUGGGGCCAAGUUUGUUUCUAUAGACUCCUCCCAGAGUGAGGACUUCGACGAGGAGCUGCUCCAUGGCAAAAGGGGGGACGGGGCUAAAGGCGGCGACAAGGGCGAAACUUCCAACCAGGCACAGAAAAAUGCGAUAUUUAAUGAUACCCAGAAGAGUGAGUUAGCCAAAUAUUUCAAAGACGUCUUAGGUUCUAAAUGCUCAGAUGUGAAAUUCUCCGACCGUUUAACAGAAUCCCCUGCUGUGAUCACUGGAUUUUUAUCCCCAACGCUGAGGAAGGUUAUGAAGGCUACCAUGAAGAAUGCCUCAUUCCAGGAAAAUAACAUGUUGCAUAAUUUACCUGCCACGUUGGAGCUAAACCCCUCCCAUACCAUCGUCACGUCGAUUUUUCACCUCAAAAAUACCAACCAGGAGGUGGCAAAGCUUCUAGUGCAGCAGCUGUAUGAUAAUGCCUGCAUCGCUGCGGGCAUUUUGGAAGACCCUCGCUCGCUCCUCACAAAAUUGAAUGAACUGCUUCUGCUCACUGCGAGGUAUGCUUACCAUUAUGAGAAGAACGCCGAUGGGGUGACCCAUGUCCAGGAGGACCACUCCCCCAAUGAACUGAGCGACACCAGGGACCCCUGCGAGGGCGACGUAGACAGGGUCCUCUCCCCCACGGAGGCUAGCCCCGCCCAGGCGGACGAAGAGGACAACUCCGCCAAGGAGGCCCACGCGUCCAAAUUAUGA